AUGGCCUCUACGAGCACCAACAUCGACCUCCCUCAACUACGGGACCAUCUCGUCACAAUCGCCCUACAAGCCGGAGAGAUGAUAACCGCGGCCAAACCCAGCACGACAUCAUCCGGCACGAAGAAGAACUCGGCCGACCUAGUCACCGAAACCGACCAGGCCGUAGAAGCAUUCAUCUCAUCCGAGCUGAAGCGGCUCUACCCUUCGUUCGCAUUCAUGGGCGAGGAAACGUACAAGCCUGGCCAGAAACUCGGCGACGAGCCCACAUUCGUGGUCGACCCGAUCGACGGGACCACCAAUUUUGUCCACCGCCAUCCCUACGUCAGCGUGAGUCUCGGGUUCGCCGUGAGCAAAAUCCCUACUGUGGGCGUCGUGUAUAAUCCCUUUACUGGGAAACUGUACUCCGGCAUCCGGGGCCAGGGGAGUUUUCUCCAAGAAAUCCACCACGGGCAGGGAGUUCAGAACAACAACGACAGCCACCACCUCCACCAACAACACCGACUUCCGCUGAAAGAUCCAGAGCCUCUUACCGGUCUAGAUUCUUGUGUUGUGGUCAUCGAGUUCGGCUCGGAUCGCUCCGGCACGAACUGGAAGACGAAAUGCGAUACCUGGGCCCGACUGGGUAGGAGUAAAGACGAGGGAGGCGCCAUGGUUCACUCCGCACGCGCGUUGGGUAGUGCGGCUUUGAACCUCUGUGCCGUCGCCGAGGGCACGCUCGAUGUCUAUUGGGAAGGAGGGUGCUGGGCGUGGGACGUUUGUGCCGGCUGGGUCAUUCUCACCGAGGCUGGUGGGAAAGUGGUCGAUGCGAAUCCAGCCGAUUGGGAGGUGCCUAUCCCUGUUGACCAUCGUAAGUAUCUCGCUGUCAGGGGAGCGACGGCUGGGCAGAGGGAGCUGGUGGAGGAGUUUUGGACAAAUGUUGAAGGCACUUUGGAGUACGAGCAUUGA